UCUCCGUGCGAUACAAACAAGGCAGAGCGGACAAUACCCCGCGAAUCUCGCGAAGCUUAAAAGUGCUCGAAUUCAAGGGUCCCGCCCAACCCAGACCUCGACCUUCCAUACACGCCACCACGUCAAUGGGACCCGAUAUCAUUCAUCUGCCCGAUGGGCAGCACUUCCACGUGACGCCCGUCUUUGCGGGUCUCUUCUUUAAAUCGGCUGAGCUCAACACGCCCCACAACCCCUUCCCGAUCGGAUGGACCAUCGUGAUCCAUACCGAGGAUGACACCGGCGACGUGGAGGAUGCGCCCAGCACCGUCCCGGGGUCGGGGGGUGCCGCAGGGGGGCCUGCCUCGGAGAAGAGAACGCACCUCCAUUCGUUCAAGAGACCAACGCUGCAGAACGACAGCCUUCUCAUAUCAUCCAUCUCGAACCCGUCCACCUCCGACUUCCGGCCGCCCGCAAGCCCCACGCGACAGAUCGCCCUGAUGCUCUGGGUCACGCUCUACUGGUACUUUCACCAGCCGCCGCCGCCCACCACCGUGCAGACGGACGCUUCCAAGCUGACCCCGGACGCGGGCAAGCCGCGGGGAGAGUGGAUUGUGCGCAUCAGGAGAGACGGCAUGCUGCGUGGACGGAACUUGCUGCCGAAACUGGAACACAUGGGCCUGAUCGCAAGCUUGGACUCGACCGUCGGUACAGAAGUCGGGGACACGGGUGACAACUGGUCAGACAUGUUUGUCACGCAAAGGAUGUUCUGGCAGAUACCGGGGCGCCUGUUCCUCUUCACUCUCCAGCCCGUCGGCAAGUCCACCCGGUCCUGCCCGGGUUCGCAUGCUCCGAGCGAUCCAGGCUCGCCGAUGUCGGGUGAGUACUCGUCGGUCCAUCCCCAGCGCGCCAUCGCCGAGGCAGGCGAUCUUCCCGGGGCAUCGCCGCCCACCUCUCUCCCCGGCGCCCCCCCGGUGCCCAUCAGCCCCUUCUUCAGCGCGUCACACCUCCCGACCUACUACCCGCCCCCGCCGCUGCACUACGUUAUCACCGAACACGUACGCCACCCUCUCCGCCCGAAGCCGCCCCAAAUGGGCGAGGUCUUUUACACGCGCUUCAUCCCAUCCGUGGGCCAAUACCUCUCCUUCCGCGUAGCAUCCCUCUCGCCCCGGCCGGUGCCGUACAUGGGCCCCGUUGGACACCGGCCGCCUGUGCAUUCGCACCUCGUGUCCAUGACCGAUUCGGCCCUGCUAGAGUCCUGGCACGCCAACCCGCGCGUCUCCAACUUCUGGGGCAAGUAUUCGCCCGACAUGUUGACCAAUGCCCUCAAGAGCCGCCACAGCUUCCCCGCGAUCGGCCUGUGGGACGGCGUGCCGUUCGGCUAUUUCGAGAUCUACUGGGUGAAGGAGGACUUGCUAGGGCGGUAUGCCGGGUCCGUCGUCGAUGACUGGGAUCGAGGGUGCCACGUACUGGUCGGGGAGGAAUGGGCAAGGGGGAGGGUACAGAGCUGGCUGACCAGCCUGGUGCAUUGGAUGUUCUGUGCCGAUUAUCGGACCAUGAACAUAUGUUUGGAGCCGCGGGUCGAUAACGUCAGGUUUAUCCAGCAUCUGCAGAACGCUGGGUUCACAAAGGAGAAGGAGAUUACGUUUCCUCAUAAGCAGGCGUGGUUUGGGAGGCUAAGAAGAGAAAGCUGGGAAGGGCCAGCCCUGUAAUAGCUUCUACGGUCAAAUUGGCAAAGCUGACAGCUAAGGCGAGUUGAACUGAAGACAAUCAUUUGAUUGCGCCUAAUGGAAUGUUAAAACACUCAACUGGCCCAGGCAGCGGAUUGAGAAUCGUGAAACCCAUUAUUCAUUAUCAACAUCCAUGACGGCCUGGCGAGUUUGAGAAUAUUAAUAUGCCGACGUGUGCAAAACUCUGCCUUCAUUCCGUUGGCUUCGGG